CUAGUCCCUGUUGGUUAAAUCUGGAAGUGAAAAAAAAAUUGUCUUGUUUUUCUGAAAAAAAAAAUUAAAAAAUUGAUUUCUGCACGUCCCUAUAAGAAUUAAAUAUUUCUGUUUCAAAAAUUUGCAGUAUUACGACGUGUAACAGAUCACAAUCAAUCCUAUCAAUUAAAGGAAAUCAAGGUCAUAUCUAUCAAUAUGUCAGGUGGUAGUGAUAUAACUAAAUUUGAAGUGUUAGCAAAAGCUUGGAGUCCUAAACCUCCAAAGAAAUUUUCUAAUAGCUUGAUUAACGACGUGCAUCCUUUAAUCAUACAUGAAGGUAAGAUUCAAGUAGAUGCUUUAGCAAGAUUGAAUGAAUCUGAAUUCUUUGAAAAUGUGUUAUGGAAGUUCUUUCAUGAAGAUGUCACAGCUCACCAUUUGGAAUUACUUUUAGCAAGUGCUCUCCUUGAUCAUCAAUUGAAGAAGAAAGCUAACUUGGUGACAAGAUUGGAUAUAUUAUUAAAUGGAGAUGUAGGGCCAUUAAUGAAAAGAAUAUUGAAUGUUCCAUUAAGUUUGGCAACUUCAACAGAGUAUCAACUAAUUGCCUUGGUAUUCACAUUUAUAAGGACUUUGGAUUUACAUUAUUCUAAUGCUCAGUCUGUCAGGAAGUGGAUCAGACCUCUUACUGAUAUAAAUUUGCAAGAUGAUUUUAGUUACGAUGAACCAUACUUCCAGAAGUCUAGUAUUCAAACAGAUGAGGAAUACGCAAGAAUAAAGUUACAAAAGCUGUGGUACUACAUUGUUUUAAGUUCUUUCAAUAGACUAAUACUAGAUGCAGUAGUUGAUGGUCCAACGUUUGAUCUUUUACAAGAGGAAUUGAUUAAACUUCUUAUAAGUGGACUAAGCCAGAAUGAACCAGAUUUCAUCCAGUUUGUUAUUCAAAUGAAUGUUUACGAUUUACUUAAAUUAAGUGAAGAAGUAUCAAAUUCACUUGACAUUUUGAAAUAUUUUUUAUUCCAGGAGUACACUUUUUCAGAACAGCUUACCAUAUUUAAGGAACUUUUAUUAGAAUGGAAUGAUCACAAAAACAGUAUGGCUAGAGUUCUACAUGCAGUAAGAUCUGUGAGAAGUUCAUACAGUGAAGAUGUAUUAAGAGAAGUAGUUAUGGAAUACUUGAACAUCGAUAUACUAAAGGAUAUUUUGGAAAACAUGAGUCUUAAUGUACCAUAUGUCUGUACAGAUCAUUUAGAUGCUUUUUCAUCUGAUGCUGAGAAGGAAAUUCUAGUUGGGUGUUUAAUGAGCUUAAUUUUUGUACCUGACUACAACUUACUUGACACACUGGAGCGUGUCUUUGAUUUUUUUACAGAACGUGAACUAUACGAUGAUACUCAUAUAGCUGAUUCUAAUAAUCUAUUUGAUUAUCUUUCCGACGAAGAAUACCCAAUAUUUGGAAUUCAAUCUUUUUCUAAUAAGGACUACUAUAAUCGAGUCGCUAUGAAUCUCUUAUUAAAGUUGAGAAAAGACAUAAAGAAACAUAUUGUUCAGGUGCUUACCAGAUUGAAGAUUGAUUCUAAUGGGAAUAGAAAAGGGAAAAGUAAAUAUUUCUAUGAAAUUAAAGAACUGAAAAUGGACGACGAGAGAUCAUUUCAAGUUACAACAAAAACAGAUUUUGAAAGCAAAAAUGAUUAUAUACUUCUAUUAGAAUUAGUAAAGCCAAAUCCUCAUAGUUCAUCAUCACGGUUAAAUGAAUUUGGUUUAAAUUCGGUCAAACUUGCAUCCAUCGAAACCUCUAAGAAAAAUAGCAUGUCUUUAGACGUACCAUUUUCUGACGAGGAGUAUUAUAGGCUGGAAGAUCUAAAUGUUCGUGGUAACUGUUUAAUAGUUUUGCCAGAUAUUGUCCCGGCUAUAGACGAGUUAAACCUUCUCAUGAGAGAUUCAACUGACGGAAAGGAAAUGUUCAUUGCAACACAGGAUGAUAAGGACCCUAAGUUUGAUUAUGAAUCUGAAAAUGAGUCUGAACCAGAGGUUGAACAUGAUCGCAAAAGGUCCAAAUUUAGCAAUCAUUUUAAAUCAAAUAAAAGCUCUUAUCCACGUAUCGCUGGUGACUUUACUUUUUUAAGGAAUGCAGAAGAUUCUUAUUUCAAUUUAAAAUUGAUGGAAUCUUUGUUGUUGGAAUCUUUAUCGGAUCGAAAUCUAACUCUAUUAAUUGUCCCAACAGAAACAUUUUUGAAAAAUUAUGAAAUUCCAUCAGGUAAAUCGAUAUUGAAAUAUGCUGACGAUACUAGUUUGGAUUCGUUUAUAGAUUCAUUGAAGGAAAAGAUCCUAAAACUUCUCGCCAAGAUUGAGUAUGAGGACAUGGAUGGGUUCAAUAUGAAAUCAUUAACGUAUUAUGAAGAUAUUAUUGACAAGGCAUGGAGAAAGUAUUUAAACGAUUGUGUGAACCAAACAGACGUCACAACACAAAUAUAUCCAUUCCGUGAUGAUGUCACAGAUUUUCAGGAGAUUCGUGAAGACCAUGAAGAUAUCAUCCGUACCUUUGAGACGAUAUCAAGACUUUCACCAUUAGUGACUUCAGACAAUCUCUCGAAAGCGGAGAAAUGGCAAUUCAUGGUAAGAAAUUUCAAUAUAAUGAUAUCGUAUAAUCAGUAUCUCAAACUAAUCAGUGAUCCUUUUGGGUUCUUUCAUUCAUUUCAUUACGUGAAAGUGUUAAAUGGAAAGCUUAAUAUUUUACCAACAAUAAUGGCUUACAACACUGAGCCGCCAAAACACGUAACAUUCUAUGGUGGUGAGAUUUCUACUGCUCUUGCCCCGCCAAAGGAUUUCAAGAGAAAUCCUUAUUUAACCCAACCGCAAUACCAGACUAAUCCGGGUUUCGAAUAUCCUUAUCAAAAACUCAAAGUUGAAAGUCAAUUGCAAGAGGCCGAAUAUUGCGUAUUGCUUUAUCAAUAUAUGAGAUUAUUGGGAUAUCCUCAAUCCAAGAUUGUUAUUUGGGUAUCAUCAGCAAUUCAAAAGGCAUUAAUUGAAGAAGUUUUGCGUGCUAAAUGUGUCAAGAAUCUGAAAGCCGCAAAAGGUGUUCAUGCAAAGGAUGCCUCAGAUUCAGCAGACUUAUUUCAAUUCGGAUGGCCUGAUGUUAUCUUUAACGAAUCUGGAGAAUAUGAUUAUGAUAUUUAUGAUUAUGCAAUUUACUCAUUAUUUGGAUCAGUUGAUUUUGAAUUACCUUAUAAGCAUUUACCAGGUACUAAAGGUUUGUAUUAUUGGCCGAAGAAAACCAGUCUACAAAUCAUUACUGGCGAGAAUUAUCAAAUGAAGGAGAUCCCUGACUUUGAGAACACACGUCCACUGAAUGGUAAGUUCAAUAUAGAAGGUAAAGAUCAUUUUGAAGAGUAUAUCUCCCAAAUGACAAAAGUCAGGUUAGGAAAUUAAAAAGCAGAUAGUGGAUAUCUGUCAUCAAAUUAUAUAGAAUUUUGGCUAUGAACAUCAUAUAUUAAUAGUUAAAUAGACAAUAAAGU